UGUCAUAUUGCAGCAGAAUUCUGCGAAUAAUCUGAAAAAUAUUUGCAUAUAACAAUUGUGAGAUUGUUGUUAUUCUUCGAUAACGCGAAAACGCAUAUAUGGACGAAUUUAAUUUAGAAAAUGAACACGAACUCCUAAAUUCCUUGGAGACAAUUUUUAACUCCACCGAGUGUAAUCUGCACGAAUUGAUAGACGACAUUCCACAGAUUUUUGCGACUGACAAUCUCAAAGCUGUAUCGCAUAAAGAAGAAACAAAUGGAGAAAAGACACAUGCGCUUUUCAAUAAAUUCUCAACGUCGUCCGUUAAUGCGUCAAAAGAUAAUACGAACGAAAUUGUAGCGUUGAAAUCAAAGUGCGAAGAACUGGAUACUCAAAUUGAACGUCUAACAAAAGAUAAAGAAGGAGCAUUCGAGGAAAUAGAACGUCUGAAAGAUCAAAUAUUAAGUCAGAGUACUUAUUGCACAAGCCUUGGUGCAGUAUUAGGUAACUUGACAUGGCGUGCUUCUAGAUUUCCGCAAAUAGUCGACACUUGGUUAUCGAACUUUCAGGGUAAAAUAGAAGAAUUCUUGUCGAUAGUGAACGGGACUUUCGGUGCAUUUGUUAAUACUUACAGAAGCGCAUUCCCUCCUACGAGCAAUGUUGAGUACCAAUUUGUAAUGGGACUCCUCGGUAUCGUUACCAAUAUAUCCGCAAGCCCGGAAGGUCGUGAAUUUUUAAUUACAAAUUCCAACGGUACGGAAUUCGUGCAAAAGUUAAUUAAACUAACGCCCGAAUUACCGUCGGCACCUGGAACGGUAUCUUUGAAAAGAUUAAUAUUAAUGAUCCUGUAUAAUGUAAGCAUGAACAAGACUGGCUUACAAUAUCUACUCGAAUCACGAGUUGGAGACACGCUAAGUCAUUGUUUGGAUGAUGAGGCGUCUUCGGAAGAAAUGCAGUUGCUCUGUCUUCGCGUUCUACAAUCCGUCACUUACAAUCUCGAGGAACCAAAAUAUAUUCAUGACUUGACUACGUUAAUUCCAAUCGAAAGACUCGAGAUUAUGAAUUCGUCCGCGAAACGGAGCGACAUAAGCAAUGCAGCGAAACAAAUCAUCGAACAUUUGCGGCAUAGUAAAAAAAUUACAAAGUGAUUAUUAAAAA